AUGAGGGCUGCGUGUGUUUGGUUAUUUGUGGUCAUUUGGAUGGGUAGCUGUUACAGGGCAGCAGAAACAACAGCGGGACAAAGACUCAACGAUACCUCACUUUUGGGAGAAAGGCUGUUUUCUUACACGGGACAUUUGCUGAACGUUUCGGGGCAGGUGGAUAACAGGACUUCGGGGUUUUUUCUCCUGGACUUUGAUGAAGGGAUGCUGGAGGACUGGCGCUCACUGGCCAGUAAGAAGCGCCGCGGCGGGGAGUCGCAGGAUGGGAGCAUCAAGGCGCUGCUAGUGGCCUACUCUUUAAUCAUCGUGAUCUCCCUGUUCGGCAACACCUUGGUGUGUCAUGUGGUAGUGAAGAACAAGCGCAGCCAGUCCGCCACCAGCUUGUUUAUAAUGAACCUUGCUGUGGCUGAUAUCUUCAUUACGGUCCUCAAUACUCCUUUCACUCUGGUCCGCUUUGUGAACAGCACCUGGGUGUUUGGGAGGACAAUGUGUCAUAUCAGCCGCUUUGUGCAGUAUUGCUCCUUGCACGUCUCCACCCUCACACUCACCGCCAUCGCGCUGGACCGACGACAGGUGAUUCUAUAUCCUCUGAGACCUCGCAUGACCCCGGCACAAGGCGGUGUUUGGGUAGCUGUUAUCUGGAUAAUGGCCAGCUGCUUCUCCCUACCUCAUGCAAUCUACCAAAACCUGCUGACACUUACAUACAGUGAGGAGAAGGAGCGUAGCCUUUGUGUCCCUGACUUCCCAGAGCCAUCAGAUGUCUACUGGCAGUACACUGACCUCCUGACCUUCAUACUUCUUUAUAUGCUGCCACUUCUCAUCAUCACAGUUUCUUACACUACAGUGGCCCGCCGAUUAUGGCGCAACAAUGCCAUCGGUGACACCACAACAGCUCAGCACGCCACCCAAAGACGAAAGCGGCGGCGGACCUUGGCCAUGUUACUCCUGGUGGUUGGGGUGUUUGCUGUCUGCUGGUUCCCCCUCAACUGCUACGUGGUGCUGCUCUCCAGCCAAGCCAUCCACUCCUCUAACGCUCUUUACUUCUGCUUUCACUGGCUGGCUAUGAGCUCCACCUGCUACAACCCUUUCAUCUACUGCUGCCUGAAUCCCACUUUCCGUCAGGAGCUCCGACUCCUCUUGGACAUGUGCAGAAGGAGACGGAGGACAGUAGUUGGAUUGGAACCAGAGCUCCGCCCUGCAGCCGCUCCCUGUCACAGAACAGCCUGGCCUGACAACCAUGAGUCCUCAAGGCCAAGGCAUGCUUUGUCACACUCAGGCCACGCCUCUUCACAGCACGCCUCUUCCAGUCAGUCCCACAAUCUUAAAGAUACACAUGUGCUCUUCACUGCCAGGCAGGUCCUCUCAGGAAGGACUGACAUCCUCUCAGUGGAGCCUAUCGUGGCUGUGAGCUGA